CGGUAAUGGGAGGUUAUGUAAUAGUUGACAUUACCAGAGACCUGAUAGAUAAAUCUGGAACAGCUGGUCUGUAUCCUAGUGUACCAAGGCCUUCCAGUCUUAGUAGCAGCGGCGGGUACACGGCCUGAGUAAUUCCUGAGAAUAUGGCGGCGAGUGGUGCUGUGAAAAUGAGCAGCAAUGGAAACAACAACGUUCGUAACAGCAAACGACAGCGAGAGCUCGAGUACUGUGAGAAACUGCGGCUGAUCGACAGUGAACUCAUGUCCUUCUACCAAUACUGCCAGAGCGCAGGCUUUACCGAGGCAGAGAUGGCAGUUAUAUGCGCACCUCUACUGCAAACAGUGCGCAGGUCCGCGCUACGUCGCAUGCUCAGUACUGUCCUCUGUCUGGCGGUACUCUGCGCAGCGCUCUACUGGCUCUCUACCCUUGCUACUGUGCGACUCCACUUUUCUGCCAUAGGCAGAAUACUGCUGAUCAAGAUGUUACCUUUAUGGGACUGGAGACCUCUAUUCUAUGACUCCUGCCUCAUGAACAAUCCUUUCUACGAAGGGUUUAGACUUUCUGAGGAAGAUUGUGUGUCUUGCGAAGUUUUGGAUCACGUUGACCGCUUGAACAAAGUGAGUUACGACUAUCUCUUGGAUUCAUAUCUCAACCGAGAUGCCCCAUUCAUAGUGACAGAUGCUAUGGAUGGAUGGCCUGUCAUGAGCACUGACGAAUUCUACUUUGACAACAUCACUCAGCUCUACUUAAAAGAUGAUAAACUGAUCGAGACAGUGCCCUGUAUCCUGACCACCAACUUGCGCACUGGUUCCUCGGAUUUACUUGCUUUCCUCAAGAGAAUUCAUAAUCCUGCUGUUGACAAGUGGUUUGUCCACUGGCAGAAUUGUGACAUCCAUGCUGUGAAGGCUCUGCGGAAAUUCUACCAACGGCCAUACUUUCUGUCCAACUCCGUGUCUCCCGCUCACUUCAACUGGGUUCUCAUGUCCUCAGACUACAAUACGUACAACUAUAAAAAGGUUGAACUGGACUCUGGACUGAUAGUGCUGGUACAGUUGAGAGGAUCCACAGUGUUCAAGUUAAUCCCUCACAAUCCCUGUAACAUAUCCUGCCAGGAGCUGCUGGGCAACCUUCACGAGGGAGAGAUGUUGGUUUUCACCAACUUCAUGUGGACGUUCGAGUACUACCCUGGCCACCGCCUUGACAGUGUUGCCAUCCUCACAGAGACGGUCUGGGACGACAACAUGUCUUGAUCCUUAAAGUUGCUUCUGCCAAUAUGCUAUUAAAUGUCUUUAA